GAAAACGGGAGUGUUGACAUAUUUCGGGCGCACGUGUCACUCCAGAUCGGCUGGUGGCGGUAAUGCACCAAAGACAGCAAACACAACUCAUGAAGAAGAACCAGGCUCGCGGCAGAUCUCAGGUCAGCUCCUAAACUACAAUUACCCCAGUGUGCACGUCAUCAGUUCAAGAGCGCGUGUGUGCGGUGCAUUUAAAGCGAACGGUUUGUGGCGAUGGAUAAACAUUUUUACAUUGUUAUCAUCUGUGCAUUGACGUCUUUGCACCUCCUGUUAAUCCAAGCAGCCAGACAGGGUCAAGACAUAAAAUGUGGAGCAUGCAGAGCAUUAGUGGAUGAAAUGGAGUGGGCCAUAUCACAAACCGAUCCCAAGAAAAUGAUUCAGACCGGAUCAUUUAGGAUUAAUCCUGAUGGCAGUCAGUCAGUAAGAGAGGUCCCCUUUUCCCGCUCUGAGAGUCAUCUGCUGGAAAUGAUGGAAGAGGUUUGUGAGAAGAUGAAUGAUUACGGUGAACGGGUUGACCCUGCCACCAACCGGAAGACAUACGUGAGACAUGCAUCCCGUGAUGGCACUGCCAUGGACCUUUCUGAUGUGGCCUUUGACUCCAGAGUCAGCUCUAGUUUAAAGUUUGCUUGUGAAACAAUCGUUGAGCAGCAUGAGGAUGAACUUAUUGAAUUCUUUGCUCAUGAGACGGACAACGUUAAAGACAAGCUCUGCAGUAAGAGGACAGAUCUCUGUGACCAUGCCUUGAAGAUACCUCAUGAUGAGUUAUAACAUGAGCCGAGCACAUGAUGACCGCUUUACCGCUGGAAAACAAUGCGUUCACCGGUUCAACUUCAGACUGAUUCUCUGACUUGAGGACGCUGAACAUACAGAGAUCUACUUAAGAGAUGUUAGGCAAAGCAUUACAAAUGUACUUGACCCUAUGGGUUCACUGUUCAACUAACGACGUUACCAUCAAACUGUUCAUUGUCAUUAAUAAAAGCUGACUUUCUACAGCUAAAAAAACGAGAUCUGUAUGAGUCUCUCCAAUGGCAUACUUUUAUACUAAAAUGUCUUUGGAUGCACUUAGUUUUUAGUUUAGAAGAUAACUUGCAGUAUAUUUAUUAUGAUCACAGAUAGAGCGCCUUUGGAGUUCCUGGUUCUAGUGGUGAUGUUGUGUCUGGAUGUUUUUUUUUUUUUUUCAGGUCAUGAAUCUGAUCAGAUUACUAGUCCUUAAGUUUUAACCAGUUAGGUUAUGAACAUCAGUUAACCCACUUUUAUGUAUUUACUUGUUUUCUUCCCGCACAUUAUUGCAUUGGUUAUCGCUUCUAGAUUUAUCAACAUUUGUUUGUGUUUAUGUAUCCAUUGAGGAUUAUGUUGUAUAGUUGUUUUAUUUUAAUAUACUUUGAUAAUAAGAGAGCCCUUUCUUUUAGACACUGAGUGGUCAUGUGUGAAUCUGUGUGCUAAGGACAAUUUUUUUUUUUUAAAUCCCAAUACACAAAUUGCUUAACUGUAAUUAAUGGGUAAAAAUCAGCAUAUUUCAUAUUUUCCUAAAUUUUGGGAGUCCUAGGUUUUAAGCGUUAUGUAUAGUGUAAACCUACAAAAUGAGCUCAGUUUUGCUAAACGUUUAGGGACGAAACUUCAAGCAUCAAGAUGUACAAUGCAAAAUGAGUUACUAAACUGUAAUUGCUACUUUCAUUAAAAAUGAAAAAAAAAAUGGGAACAACUUUUA